AUGGGAAGUGGUGCCUCAACCCACCAUCAUUUUGCUUUCCAGAAUGCAGAAAAAGCCUUCAAGGCGGCGGCCCUGAUCCAGAGAUGGUACCGGCGCUAUGUGGCUCGCCUGGAGAUGCGGCGGCAGUGCACCUGGAGCAUCUUCCAGUCCAUGGAGUAUGCCGGGCAGCAAGACCAGGUCAAGCUCCACGACUUCUUCAGCUACCUUGUGGACCACUUCACCCCCAGCAGUCACAAUGAGAGGGACUUCCUGAACCGCAUGUUCACUGAGGAGAGAGUCCCCCGGGACUCCGAGGUAGAGAAAUGCAGCGACUAUGAAUCCAUAGAGGUGCCCGACAAUUACACGGGGCCACGCCUCUCCUUCCCACUCCUUCCUGACCACGCAACUGCCCUGGUGGAGGCUUUCAGACUGAAACAACAGCUACAUGCUCGCUAUGUCUUGAAUCUUUUGCACGAAACCAGAAAACAUCUGGUACAGCUGCCAAACAUCAACCGGGUCUCCACCUGUUACAGCGAGGAGAUCACAGUGUGUGGAGAUUUACAUGGUCAGUUGGAUGACUUGAUAUUCAUAUUUUAUAAGAAUGGCCUCCCAUCCCCAGAGCGAGCCUAUGUGUUCAACGGUGAUUUUGUGGAUCGAGGCCAGGAUUCAGUAGAGAUCCUGAUGGUCCUUUUUGCCUUCAUGUUGGUUUACCCCAAAGAGUUCCAUCUGAACCGAGGAAACCAUGAGGACCACAUGGUGAACUUACGAUAUGGCUUCACCAAGGAAGUGAUGCAUAAAUAUAAGACGCACGGCAAGAAAAUACUACAAAUACUGCAAGAUGUUUUCUGUUGGCUUCCACUGGCCACUCUGGUGGAUGAGAAAGUCCUGAUUCUUCACGGUGGUGUGUCAGACAUGACCGACCUAGAGCUUUUGUCUAAACUAGACAGGCAUAAGAUUGUUUCCACCUUGAGGUGCAAAACAAGAAAAGAGAACGAGAAGCAAGCGGAGGAGAAGGGAAAAGCCGAGCAGACGAGCUCUGCAGGGAGCCUCUCCCCGUGGUUUCUCCCCCAAAGCCGCUCUCUCCCCUCUUCGCCCCUUCACCUCAGCUCCCACAAGACCCACAAAGCUGGACGCUCCUGCAGCGUCCCCUGCAGCAUCCCCCUGAACCCCAGAGGGCUCUCCCGGCAGGUGAGGCGCUCCGUGGACCUGGAGCUGGAGAGGUGCCGGCAGCAAGCAGGCUUCCCGGUGAUCCAGGAGAAGGAGGAGCCCUGGCUCUUCACCCCAGAAGCUGACACUGCAGCCCGGGAGCUGCUGGAGCCCACUGAGGAGGAGUGGAGGCAGGUUGUAGAUAUACUGUGGAGUGAUCCCAUGGCUCAGGAGGGCUGCAAGGCCAACACUGUUCGAGGAGGAGGCUGUUAUUUUGGGCCGAAUGUGACAAAACAGCUGCUACAGAAAUACAACCUGCAAUUCCUGAUCCGCUCACACGAGUGCAAACCCGAAGGCUAUGAAUUCUGCCACAGCCGCAAGGUGUUAACCAUCUUUUCUGCUUCCAACUACUAUGCAGUUGGCAGUAACAGAGGGGCCUAUGUCAAACUGGGGCCAGCCUUGACCCCACACAUCGUGCAGUAUCAAGCUAACAAGACGACCCACAUGCUGACCAUGAGGCAAAGGAUUAGCAGAGUAGAGGAGUCAGCUCUAAGAGCUCUGAGGGAGAAGUUAUUUGCUCAUUCCUCAGAUCUUCUUGAGGAAUUUAAGAAGCAUGAUAAUGGUAAAACUGGUCUAAUCACCCUGAGUGACUGGGCAGCAGCUGUGGAGUCCGUGUUGCAUCUAGGACUGCCAUGGCGGAUGCUGAGGCCACAGCUGGUGAACAGCUCAACAGAUAACAUGCUGGAGUACAAGUCCUGGCUGGAGGACUUGGCCAAAGAACAACUGAGUCACGAGAACAUACAGUCAAGUUUGCUGGAAACACUGUAUCGCAACCGAUCCAACCUGGAGACCAUUUUUAGGAUCAUAGACAGUGAUCAUUCAGGGUUCAUCUCACUGGACGAGUUCAGGCAGACUUGGAAGCUGUUCAGCUCUCAUAUGAAGAUUGACAUCACAGAUGACUGUAUCUGUGACCUUGCCCGGAGCAUUGACUUCAACAAGGACGGCCACAUUGACAUCAAUGAGUUCCUGGAGGCCUUCCGCCUUGUGGAGCAGUCCUGCUCAGAGGGAAAUGCCUCAGAUUGCCCACAAGCCACCAACACGAAUGACAGUGGCUCCUGGCCUGCCACUGAAGACAGCCUGGUCUCUGUUACCCAAGUUGCCUCAUAA